AUCCUAGCCUCCUCCUGUGGGGACAGUGAGAAGGUGUCAUCGGAGCUGGGCAGACUACAGAUGGAGAGUGACGUUGCCAAGGCAGAGGUUGGUGGGCCGAUUGAUUGAGUGAUUUAUUUAAUUUAUUUGACAAUUUAAUACAUACAGUGGGGAAAAAAAGUAUUUAGUCAGCCACCAAUUGUGCAAGUUCUCACACUUAAAAAGAUGAGAGAGAACUGUAAUUUUCAUCAUAGGUACACGUCAACUAUGACAGACAAAUUGAGAUUUUCUUUUUCAGAUAAUCACAUUGUAGGAUUUUUUAUGAAUUUAUUUGCAAAUUAUGGUGGAAAAUAAGUAUUUGGUCACCUACAAACAAGCAAGAUUUCUGGCUCUCACAGACCUGUAACUUCUUCUUUAAGAGGCUCCUCUGUCCUCCACUCGUUACCUGUAUUAAUGGCACCUGUUUGAACUUGUUAUCAGUAUAAAAGACACGUGUCCACAACCUCAAACAGUCACACUCCAAACUCCACUAUGGCCAAGACCAAAGAGCUGUCAAAGGACACCAGAAACAAAAUUGUAGACCUGCACCAGGCUGGGAAGACUGAAUCUGCAAUAGGUAAGCAGCUUGGUUUGAAGAAAUCAACUGUGGGAGCAAUUAUUAGGAAAUGGAAGACAUACAAGACCACUGAUAAUCUCCCUCGAUCUGGGGCUCCACGCAAGAUCUCACCCCAUGGGGUCAAAAUGAUCACAAGAACAGUGAGCAAAAAUCCCAGAACCACACGUGGGGACAUAGUGAAUGACCUGCAGAGAGCUGGGACCAAAGUAACAAAGCCUACCAUCAGUAACACACUACGCCGCCAGGGACUCAAAUCCUGCAGUGCCAGACGUGUCCCCCUGCUUAAGCCAGUACAUGUCCAGGCCCGUCUGAAGUUUGCUAGAGUGCAUUUGGAUGAUCCAGAAGAGGAUUGGGAGAAUGUCAUAUGGUCAGAUGAAACCAAAAUAUAACUUUUUGGUAAAAACUCAACUCGUCGUGUUUGGAGGACAAAGAAUGCUGAGUUGCAUCCAAAGAACACCAUACCUACUGUGAAGCAUGGGGGUGGAAACAUCAUGCUUUGGGGCUGUUUUUCUGCAAAGGGACCAGGACGACUGAUCCGUGUAAAGGAAAGAAUGAAUGGGACCGUGUAUCGUGAGAUUUUGAGUGAAAACCUCCUUCCAUCAGCAAGGGCAUUGAAGAUGAAACGUGGCUGGGUCUUUCAGCAUGACAAUGAUCCCAAACAAACCGCCCGGGCAACGAAGGAGUGGCUUCGUAAGAAGCAUUUCAAGGUCCUGGAGUGGCCUAGCCAGUCUCCAGAUCUCAACCCCAUAGAAAAUCUUUGGAGGGAGUUGAAAGUCUGUGUUGCUCAGCGACAGCCCCAAAACAUCACUGCUCUAGAGGAGAUCUGCAUGGAGGAAUGGGCCAAAAUACCAGCAACAGUGUGUGAAAACCUUGUAAAGACUUACAGAAAACGUUUGACCUGUGUCAUUGCCAACAAAGGGUAUAUAACAAAGUAUUGAGAAACUUUUGUUAUUGACCAAAUACUUAUUUUCCACCAUAAUUUGCAAAUAAAUUCAUUAAAAAUCCUACAAUGUGAUUUUCUGGAUUUUUUUUUCUCAUUUUGUCUGUCAUAGUUGACGUGUACCUAUGAUGAAAAUUACAGGCCUCUCUCAUCUUUUUAAGUGGGAGAACUUGCACAAUUGGUGGCUGACUAAAUACUUUUUUCCCCACUGGAUACAGCCAGUAAAUUACAAUAGUAACAAUAAUAAAGUCAAUAGUAAAGUCACUUACUUUUUUUUCAAUUGUGGUCUAUAGGUGAAGGAGGUACUACAGGCCUUAGAGGAGCUGGCUGUGAACUAUGACCAGAAGAGCCAGGAGGUGGAGGAUAAGAGUCUACAGAACAAACUACUGGCUGAGGAACUGGCCAUGAAAAUGGUACGCCAGGGGGAGGGGGUUACACUUAAUCUGUUCGUCCGUCCUUACGUACAUCUGUCCCCAUCCAUCCAUCCGCCCAUCCACAUAACCCCCCAUCCGUCCAUCCCUACCUGCAUUAAUGUAAUCUUUUGAUCAAUCCAUCAAUCAAGAUGUGUAUUUGUACAGUGCCUUUCCUCCAUCCAUGCAUCUGUCCAUCUACAGUUCUAUUUAUCAUUAUGUUCCUUUGGUGAGUGUUUAUGUGUGUAUCUCAGGGGGGUUAGGAUAAAUGAAAAAAGAUACGUCACAGUCUCUUCUUCUUCUUCUUCUUCUUCUUCCCUCCCUAAAUUGUUGCAUUGAACGGUUCAGCAGACUUUUAGCCCUCCAUAACUGGCUACGAGACUAUUGCACCUCUGUGGGUGUAACAUUUAUUUACAGUUUUGAUACCUUCUGGAAACAAAGCUCGUAUUAUAAGGAGGAUGGGAUCCACCCAAAUCAUUUGGGUUCCUGGAUCCUUUCACAGCAUUACAAGGCUGAGUUGAGACAAUUACUUAUCAAUGACCCAAGUCCAGCUAAUUUAAUUUUACCGUUGUGUCGCUGAGUUGUCAUAGUGAUUCAGCAAAUAUACAUUAUCCUAGGGGCAUUGGAAGACACAAUGUAAAUAACCUAAUUUAUGUCCCUCUUACUGCCCGGAAUGCCUCUGCUGAUCCUACAGCUAUUGUAUGCAGUAAUCAUAUGCCCAUGAACCUGAGUAAUACUGUUAGCACUGAGGUGGUGUGCCCUAGUAGGAAGUCCACUGUGUGCUAAGCUUCCCAGUAAAGCAAGAAAAAUAAUCAAGCAUCCCAGAAAAGUGUUAAAAAUAGCCCACGUUAACAUAUGUAGCUUAAGAAACAAGGUUCAUGAAAUCAAUAAUUUGCUAGUAAUAGAUGACAUUCAUAUUCUAACAAUCUCUGAAACUCACUUAGAUAAUAACUUUGAUGAUACAGUGGUAGCAAUACAAGGUUAUAACAUUUACAGAAAAUACAGAAAUGCCAAUGUUCAGAACCACAUUCCUGUAAAGCUUAGAGAGGAUCUCAUGUUAAAUACUGUUGAAGUAAUAUGGCUACAGGUUCACCUGCCUCAUUUAAAGCCCAUUCUGGUGGGAAGCCACUAUAGACCACCAAGUGCUAUUUGAUUUGAUAAUAUAUGUGAUAUCAAUAGAGAGGUAUACUUUCUAGGUGAUUUAAAUAUUGACUGGCUUUCAUCAGGCUGCCCACUCAAGAGAAAGCUUCAAACUGUAACUAGUGCCUGCAACCUGGUUCAGGUUAUCAAUCAACCUACCAGGGUAGUUACAAACAGUACAGGAAUGAAAUCAUCAACAUGUGUUGAUCAUAUCAUUACUAAUGCUGCAGAAAUUUGUUUGAAAGCAGUAUCCAAAUCCAUCGGAUGUAGUGAUCACAAUAUAGUAGCCAUAUCUAGGAAAACCAAAGUUCCAAAGGCUGGGCCUAAUAUUGUGCAUAAGAGGUCAUACAAGAAGUUCUGUAGUGAUUCCUAUGUUGUUGAUGUGAAGAAUAUGUGUUGGUCUGUGGUGUGUAAUGACGAGCAACCAGAUGCUGCACUUGACACAUUUAUGAAAUUGCUUAUCCCAGUUACUAGUAAGCAUGCACCCAUUAAGAAAAUGACUGUAAAAACUGUUAAAUCCCUGUGGAUUGAUGAGGAAUUGUAAAAUUGUAUGGUUGAGAAGGAUGAGGCAAAAGAGAUGGCAAAUAGGUCUGGCUGUACAACCAAUUGGCAAACGUACUGCAAAUUGAGAAAUAAUGUGACUAAACUGAAUAAAAAGAAUAAGAAACUACACUAUGAAACAAAGAUAAAUGGCAUAACUGAAAGAAUGAUAGUAUAAAGCUUUGGAACACCUUAAAUGAGAUUUUGGGCAAAAAGGCAAACUCCUCUCCAUCAUUCGUUGAAUCAGAUGGCUCAUUCAUCACAAAACCCACUGAAAUUGCCAACUACUUUAAUGAGUUUUUCAUUGGCAAGAUUAGCAAAUUUAGGCAUGACAUGCCAGCAACAAACGCUGACACUACACAUCCAAGUAUAUCUGACCAAAUUAUGAAAGACAAGCAUUGUAAUUUUGAAUUCCGUAAAGUAAGUGUGGAAGAGGUGAACAAAUUAUUAUUGUUAAUCAACAAUGACUUGCCACCGGGGUCUGACAACUUGGAUGGAAAAUUACUGAGGAUAAUAGCGGACGAUAUUGCCACUCCUAUUUGCCAUAUCUUCAAUUUAAGCCUACUAGAAAGUGUGUGCCCUCAGACCUGGAGGGAAGAAAAAGUUAUUCCCCUACCUAAGAAUACUAAAGCCCCCUUUACUGGCUCAAAUAGCCGACCAAUCAGCCUGUUACCAACCCUUUGUAAACUCUUAGUAAAAAUACACCUUAUGGAACAGCGGGGACUGUGAAGCAACACGAACAUAGUCACAUGCAUACAAACACACAAUAAAAUACGUACUAUACAGCAGCUAAUGGGGAUCCAUAAUAAAUAUAAGUACAAAUUCUCUUCUUCUUCUUCUCCUCCUAACUCCAGGCUCACCUGAUGCGAAUUGAGGCAGAGCUGUCUCGUCUACAGGAAGUGAGCGGUCAUCAGAGGAAACGCAUCGCUGAGGUUCUCAACGGCCUAAUGAGGGACCUCUCUGAGUUCAGCGCCAUAGUAGGCAACAAAGACAUCAAACUGGUCAGUACUAUACUUUAGUUGUAAAAUACUAUUUCUGAGUUGACUUGACUUUGCUUGAUCGUUGAUUCUUGAUACUUGAUACUUGACUUUUACUUAAACAACAAGGACAUCAAACUGGUGCGUCUGCUACAGUGGAUGCUGCUGAGGGGAGAUCAGCUCAUAAUAAUGGCCGGAACGAAGCAAAUGGAAUGGAAUCAAACACCUGGAAACCAUGUUUGAUGUAUUUGAUACCAUUCCCCUGAUUCUGCUCCAGUCAUUACCACGAGCCCGUUCUCCCCAAUUAAGGUGCCACCAACCUCCUGUGGUCUGCUAUCACCAAGACUACAUUCAUAGAAGUAAAGGUGCCUGGAAGAAAAUGUUGGGUUGCCAUACCGGCAGAACCUUUCCAGUUGAAAAAGGUUCCUUGAGGAACCCCUUUGAAAAGGGUCUUCAAGGAACCCCUGUGUAAAGGUUCAAACAGGAACCUUUUUGUGAUGGGAGGGGUUACAUUUGAAAUAUUUUUAAUAAUGUAAUGUAGAGGUGGCAGCCUAUCAGAUUGAAGGUGCGGCUUAUUGGAGGCGUGGCCUUCAGAUAGUUCUUUUUGGUCACCCGUUAGCGUAAAACGUCAUUUCUGUUAAUCAUGUUAAGUUUGUGCAAAUUAAAAUGUUUUUGGAUAUUUCUUACAGUACAUAUUCUAAUAUAAUAUAAAUAAUAUUAACAUUGCUGAUUACGUUCAGUAAUAAAGUGGAAACUAUUACAACUUUGGAAUUUGCAUAGGCUUUUGAGGGGAUCAUACACCUCUGUUAGCCUCAUUGAAGCUACAAAACUGUCAGUGUUCAACCUUAACGUCUGUUGACAAUACAACAGAACAGAUGUAAUGGCAUUUGCUCUAACGAGUGGCCAAAUAAAUAUAUAUCUUAAAGCCAUGCCCCUACUAAGCCACGCUUCCACUCCAGGGUUCCACUACAUUUACAUUUACGUCAUUUAGCAGACGCUCUUAUCCAGAGCGACUUACAUUAUUCUUUUUUUUCAUACCCCCUGUGGGAAUCAAACCCACAACCCUGGCAUUGCAAACGCCAUGCUCUAUCAACUGAGCUACAUCCCUGCCGGCCAUUCCCUCCCCUACCCUGGACGACGCUGGGCCAAUUGCGCGCCGCCCCAUGGGUCUCCCGGUCACGGCCGGCUACGACAGAGCCUGGAUUUGAACCAGGAUCUCUAGUGGCACAGCUAGCACUGCGAUGCAGUGCCUUAGACCACUGCGCCACUCAGGUGCACUAGGAACCCGUUCCUACGUUGAACCAUUAAAUUUUCCUCCAAGAACCCCUCAACUAACUGAAGGUGCAAAUAUGAACCAUUGACUAGCAAUGGUUCCUUAAGGAACUCCAGGGGUUCCUCGGGUAACCAAUAAUUCUAAGCGUAUAAAAAAAAGUGCUGAUCUAGGAUGCUGAUCAAGGAGGGCUGAUCUAGAUGCUAAACACUGUAUUCUCUGAGAAACUCUCCUAGAACCCCUGAGGUCGAGGCUAGGUCCCCCUGUCCAUAUAUCUUAGUGAUUGUGAUCCUGUCAGCACUCCUGACAUACUUUGUGAAUACAAGCGCAGAUAGGCACAGCUCUCUCUCAUUUUUUGAUUUUAAGAGUUGAACGGCAGAGGUUUUUCUCUCUCUGCCUCAUUCUCUCUCUCUCUCUCUCUCUCUCUCUCUCUCUCUCUCUCUCUCUCUCUCUCUCUCUCUCUCUCUCUCUCUCUCUCUCUCUCUCUCUCUCUCUCUCUCUCUCUCUCUCCUGCUCCCUGUUCAGCUCUCUAUCUCUCUAUUUUCUCUGUCUCUCAAAUUCAAAAGGAUUUAUUGCCAUAGAGAGGUAGCCAUAUACAUUGACAAAGCAAACAUAUAGGAACAUAUUGAAUCAAUGAUAAUGGUCAUCUUUGUCACUCCCCCCAGCCGAUGGAAAUAACGGGUGCGAUCGAGGAGGAGUUUACGGUGGCCCGUCUCUACAUCAGUAAGAUCAAGUCAGAGGUCAAGUCCAUGGUGAAACGCUGUCGUCAGCUGGAGAACCUUCAGAUGGAGUGUCAUAGGAAGAUGGAGGAGACGGGAAGAGAGCUGUCCUCCUGCCAACUCCUCAUCUCACAG